GGAUGGGAGAUGGGCCCUGUGUGUUUCUCUUUUUUUUUGUACUUUUAUCCCAACUGCUAAGUGAGGGAAUAUCUCCCUCUGCACUGGAUUGUCUUCUCUUACCCAGAGUUUUUUGUGACACCUCUGCAGGUGGUAAUGGGGAGAAGGUGGGGGAAGCCAAAGAGGAUGAAAAUUGUCCAUCCUCAAGGGCCACAGAGGUCGCUGUCAGGGUGACACAAGGGCAGCAGGGGAGGGCCCAGGACUGUAAUGCUUCUCCAAGGAGACAGUGGGAGGAAAGAGGCAAAGGAGUCAGAGCUGGUGAGGAGGGAAAGGGACACUUAACUCACUGGGAAACGCUGCACAUUCCCAGGAUUAAACAAAUCCAGCCUGCCCAGCGGAACAAGGCAGAGGGGAGUCUUUGCCUGCUGAGCCCUAGAGGACAAGGCAGUCCAGCAUCCCUCCCCUUAACGUUUUCCAAAGAAACUGAGACAGCCUGAGUGCUGUAAAACACGUAAUGCAAAUGUACUUCUGUAUGCAGUGACCUUUAUGAUGGCACAGGCUUUUGGUAUGCCUUAAAAUCUGGGCAUUUUAGCUACUUCUUCAGCAUUUCUCUGAGGAAGGUUUGCUCUCCUUUUGCCUACACCCAGAAUGAAUUCCGAGCAACACAGUCCUGAUUUGUGCAGCACUGAGUCUGAGCUAAGCAGAGGCUCCUAUGUACAGAGUUGCCUCACAUGUUGUCUCACACCUCGCUGCUCAAGGCUGUUCAGGAAGGUUCACACCCAGCUCUGGCUGAAACAGAUCUGUUUUACAGACACAUGGACAUCUCUGGUGUCACACUGGACAGAGAGAGUGAAGAACCCUGUGUUUACAGGCACAGAAAUCCCACAGGGAAGCUGCACUUUGCUUUAUGAAGUGCCUUUUUCUCCAUCACUCGAGUGCUGUUUGAAACUGCAGGACAGAGGAGGAGCUUCUCAUUCAAGGGAAGCUGCUCUGUGAAAACACUGCAGAAAUGCUGGACAGGACUUCAAAUGCAUCACUAACACAGAACAAUUUGGCUGCAAAUGAUAACUCUAAAGUUUGUUUUCCCUUUUUCGGAGUCUUCUGCUCCUUCAGAGAUAAGAAUGUGGCAAAGAGGUUCAAACAAUCAUGCUGAUAGCUCUAAAUCAUUGUUAUAAAUUUAGGAAGGAUGUUUUUUUCCUCCAACCCCGAACUAAGGACUGAAUGGAGAACGCAGAUGGUCCUUGGAUGAGACACUGCUGAGAAAUGGUUCCACAGCUGCCCGCAGCCGCGUUUCUCAGAGCAGAGAGAAGCCCCUCAGACCCCUGUGACAUGAGCAAAGCUUCUGGCGUUUAAACCCGGGAGGAUGUCCCUAAGUGACGAGCUGGAGAGCCACUUCCCCACCACCCCCUACAUGGUGACAGAGGCGGGUGAGGACAGCGUGUUCAGAAUCAGGCCCAACGGCUCCGCCAAUGCCACCGGGGACGGCGCGUGGGCCGCCGGCUCCACGGAGGACAUGAUUGCCAUCUGCACCAUCGGGGCCAUCCUGUCGCUCAUGUGCGUGGUUGGGGUGACAGGCAACGUCUACACCCUGCUGGUGAUGUGCCACUACCUGCGCUCCUCUGCCUCCAUGUACAUUUACAUCAUCAACCUGGCGCUGGCCGACCUGCUCUACCUCCUCACCAUCCCCUUCAUCGUCGGCACCUACUUCAUUCAGAAGUGGUACUUUGGGGACAUUGGCUGCCGCAUCCUGUUCAGCCUGGACUUCCUCACCAUGCACGCCAGCAUCUUCACCCUCACGGUCAUGAGCACGGAGCGCUACCUGGCCGUGCUGAAGCCCCUGGACACGGUGAAGAGGUCCAAGAGCUACCGCAAGGCCAUUGCUGUGGUGAUCUGGCUGGUGUCGCUGCUGCUCACCCUGCCCAUGCUCAUCAUGAUCCAGCUGGUGCAAAGGGACAACAAAAGCAUCUGCCUGCCCACCUGGAGCAAACUGUCCUACAAAGUCUAUCUCACCAUCCUUUUUGGCACCAGCAUCGUGGGCCCGGGGGUGGUCAUUGGCUACCUGUACAUCCGCCUGGCUAAGAUUUACUGGGUGUCCCAGACUGCUUCCUUCAAGCAGACCAAGAGGCUGCCCAACCAGAAGGUGCUCUACUUAAUCUUCACCAUAGUGCUGGUCUUCUGGGCUUGCUUCUUGCCUUUCUGGAUAUGGCAGCUCCUCUUCCAGUAUUAUGAAUCCUUCCCUUUAUCUCCCAAGGUGAUGAAGAACAUUAAUUACUUGACAACCUGCCUGACCUACAGCAACAGCUGCAUCAACCCCUUCCUCUACACCCUGCUCACCAAAAACUACCGGGAGUACCUGAAGAACAGGCAGAGGUCCCUCAGCAGCAGCAGUGGGUACUUCCAGAGGAGGAAUCGUUUCCAGAGGAUUUCAGGGAGGUCCCUGUCCACGAGCAGCCAGCACUGCACAGAGACUUACGUCCUUGCUCACGCUCCUUUGGGAAACAGCAGUGCCUGAAGGUAAAAUAUAUCUCCAAGAACAAUCAACACUGACUUCAAUGUUGCUUUGAUUUAAAGUGUACGUUGUGCAGGCGAAGCCUUGGCAGUGCACACAUCUAGUCCAGAGGCUGUGCCGUGUGUCUGUUCUCAUUUCUGCAGUGCCACUGAUUUGAUGCUAGCAGCACUCAGCUGAACAGCUAUCUAAAUAGCCUUUCACUUUUUAUCUUUAUAUUUUAUAGUGUGCAUCUCCUCAAGUAGCCAUCAAUAAUGAAAGCCUACAACAGGGCCAUGAUUUUUAAUAGUAUCAGCUGUCUCACAACGUUUAAAAUUAUGUUACCCCAUGAAUGGCUGUCGUUUGCUCUUUUCUUCCUUUAGCAGUAGUGCUAAAUUUGUAGUUGUACGAGGACUGAAGACAAUGAAAUAAAGAAAAAGCAGCUGAUGUUUGCAA